GUAGCUCAGACAGCAGACGGAGCAGAGCCACAGAGACGGCGUCGCACACUCAGCAGCAGUAAACAUGGGCCAGAUCUUCAGCUGGAUCCGCGGCACACGCGAUCAACCGGCCCUGCAGGACAUCGCAGUAGAGCAACAGGUCUCGCUUACUGGAUAUUAUCCUAUUGAGUCUCAGCAGGUCACACCCACCACAACAUCUCAGGUCUCCACAGUGAAACCUGCACAAUAUGAGAAAGGAGCUACGCAAUCGUCUACAGCAGCUGCGACUCUCAAACCUGGCGCUGGAGAUCCUGCAACCACCCAGAAAGGAUCUUCUCAAGUCAAACCUCAGGCCACAGACUCUAAAUCAGCACCUGCAUCUUCUGCUAAAGUCCCAGCUGUGAGCUCUGGGACUGGAGUUGCUGGUACAACAGGUGGAGCAGGAGUAAAACCAGCAGAUCCUGUGAAAGAUACGCCUCAGAGCACUACCACUUCUUCAUCCAAACCGGGACCUGCCAAGGUGGAUCCGGCUGCUGGGAAGCCCUCAGGCCCAGUUGGUGCCCAAAAACAGACAAGUGCUCAAAAGGUGCAGGUUGAAGUGGGUCCUUCAGCAGCAAAAGUCAGUACAGAUGUUGACGAUCCAUUUGAUGCCCUGUCUGGCACAUUACCAUCAUCACAACCUUUGGCUCCCAAAGUCCACUACACUGGACCUGAGAUCAAAGAGCCCAAAUUGACAUCAGAGAAGGGCGUUUUGUGUGGUGAGCGAGAUGACACGCUGCCGCCCGGAUACAGAAAAGAAGACCUGGAAAAGAAGCAUGGAGUUCCUGAGAAGCCUAAAGAAGUUCCCAAGCCCAUAAGCACAAAUGAUGCACUGGAAUCCCUCUCCUCUACGUUUGUGUCUCCAGCUCAAGCUGCUCCUAAGAAGACAGACGUGAAAACUGAAACGAUAGGAGCAGUGGAUGUUAAAUCGGCGGGCACCACUAACUUUUCUCCCCCUCCACCAUCUCAGCAGAAACAACCGGGGACAUAUCAAGCUGCUGCUGUAACCAAAUCACCCGCUCCACCGGCAGACAAGAAAGCCAAAAUGGAGACUCAUGCACAACCAGCCAAACCAAAGACAGAGUCGGACAGCUCCAUAUCGCUGGAUGCUCUCGAUGCUUUGAGCGACACACUCGGGGCUCCUGAACCACCCAAAAAAUUACCAGAACUCAAACCUGGGCAAAUAGUUGAGGAGAAGGAUGUGACGUCAAAAAAAGGGGUUCGUGUUGGAGAAAGAGAUGACACACUUCCACCACAAUACCGAUUCAAAGAGGAAGAUCUCAAGAAACAUCCUCCACCAGCGAAAGAGCCUUCACUGAACACAGAUGAUGCGAUGGACAUACUUUCAGGAGAUUUCACGACCCCUACACCUGCACCUGUUGUUAAAGCCCCUGUUCCUUCUGCACAGGACACAAAGAAGCCUGCUGCAGUUCCUGAGAAGACCAAAGAUGUUCCCAAGCCUAGAGUUGAUGCUCUGUCAAGUGAUUUCGUGGCUCCGGCACAUUCUGCUCCUAAGGUUUCUUCGGCUGCUCCUAAAACCAUCCCUCCAGGCCCACCACAAACCCCAGAUGAGGAUCCUUUUAGUGCUUUGGGCGACACUCUUUCUGCCCCAGAACCACCAAAAAAACAACCUGACCUGAAACCUAAGGACAUCGUACAUGAGAUGGAUGUGACGUCAAAGAAAGGCGUUCGUGUUGGAGAAAGAGAUGACACACUCCCACCACAAUACAGAUUCAAAGAGGAAAAUCUCAUGAAAUAUCCUCCUCCUCCUCAGAAAGAUCCUUCCUUAGAUGCUACUGAAGCUCUGGAUAUCCUGUCUGGUGAUUUUACAACUCCUUCCGCACCAUCUGCUGUUUGCCCUGCCUCUAAAUCCCCUGCCAAGUCUUCAGAUUCAGCUUUAGAUGCUCUUGCUGGUGAUUUUGUCGCUUCUUCUGCGUCUACAGUUCAUUCUGCUGUCUCUGGCCCCCCACGCUCUGACAGACUGUUGUCAGAAGGAACCUCGUCAGCUCUGGAUGCCCUUUCAGGCACUCUGGCAGACAUUAAAGCAGCCCCUGAACCCACCCCUGUCCCACCUAAAACUGUUGUUAAGGAGAAGACAGUCAUAGAAGAGAGAAUAAGUAAACCGGGUGAGAGAGACGACUCUCUUCCACCAGAUCAUCGGUUCACUGCAGAGGAGCGCAAGGCAUUUGAAGAAGCAAAGAAGAAAGAUGUCAAACCAAAACAGCCAUCAAUGGAUGCUUCAGCAGCUCUGGACUUGUUGUCUAGUGAUUUUUCAGAUGUACCGACUGUAAAGCCAACUGUAUCUGAUGCCAAAAGCUUCACCCCUGCACCAACACCACCAACCUUUAAGGCAACCGGUCAGGUUUUGGACAAACUGGCAGACAACGUGCUUUCCAACCUGACUGACCCCAAAGCCAAAGACAGCAAAGCAAAGGGAAAGGGGGCGAAACCAAAGUCUAAACCAAAGAAACAGGCAGUAGAAGAUUCUUCAGCCACAGAUCUGCUGUCCAGUAAACCGAGCUCAGAUGUGGUGCCUUCAGCUUCCACAAAUGCUGGAAAAAGAUAAACUGCACGAUUAUGAUGUGUCAUCCCUAACACAAGAAACCAUUAAAGGGAGCUGCUCGGACAAGAAAAAUAUUUUAUGAUGGACAUGGAAUGAAACAAAACAAUUAUAUAUAUAUAGAACUGCACAGAGACACUUACACACAUUUUUAGAGCCCCCUCCUCUUUUUCUCCUAAAGCAAAGCAGAAAUUAUCACGAUCUUUAUUCUCUUCAUGGCUGAUAGAACAUGUAUAUACAGAAUAGUGUUUACAUCGAGUGCAUGUAUGGUUCUAUUUCUGGUCAUUACUUUGGUGUGGCGUUGUGAUAUAAUUUUUUUCAAUGGUAAAAAAUACUAUGCCAUAUAUAU